AUGGGAAUCAUCCGAUAUGCCGGGGUGGGUUUUGCCAACAUCCUGUUGGUGGGAACUGUCUAUGCUACAAGUGCAUUUCAAGCUCAGCUACCUCGGCUUCUGAAUGUUUCAACAAGUGCAGCAUUUGCACCCUUUGGCUUUGCAUGUCUCGGUCUCGCCAUUGGUGUUGUCCUCUGUACUUCGCGACUGUAUCGAAGCAAGGCAUAUCAUGUUGCUGCGCAAGGCACUUUACUCUACGGUGCAGGGGUCAUCUUGGCAGGAUAUUCACUCGGUCAUCUUUGUCAAACUGCCAUGCUCGUGGGUUUUUUCCUCGCAGGCAUCGGCGUUGGAAUCACAUACCUCGCGGUGGUCAUCCUUCUCGGCGCAUUGUUCCCUCAUCAAGCACUUGCAAGGAGCGCUAUCGGGCCGUUGGGGUUUUCUUCGGGAGCAGCAUUGUGUUUGUGGCUUGGCAAUUAUUUAGACUUCCAAAGUUUGGAGGCGUCGGUCCUUGGGUCAUUUCUCAUUGCGGGCGGAGUCUUUUGCUUGACCGUUGGAGUCCUCACCUUGACUCUUACAAAUAGAAUGGGCGCAUCUCAUUUUGAGGGUCCUCAGCCAAGAGAGCCUGUUCCAAUGCAAGGCUUUUUCUCGGUGCUGCUGUUUUUCAACGCACUUCCGGGAAUGACCCUUUUCUCAGGCCUAUACCCAAUUCUCCUCUCGCAUGUUGACCAGGAUCGGAUGCGUUAUCUGCGCUACGGCAUGGUCGCCUUGGGGCUAGGUGGUGUUCUGUCUCCCACCUUGAAUGCCAUGCUAGGUUCGAGAUGUACUUUUGUGCUUCUGCUAGUUCUACGUGGGCUACUGAUUAUUGCUACAACGCAAUCUCAUGCUGCAUGUGUUCUAGGAGGGGCGUUCGUCGCGACCCUGUUCUCGCACGGCGCUGGAUUCAGCAUCAUUCCCGGAUUGGUCAAAGCAAAAAGCAAAUCUCCGCAAGCGUUUGCUCGUAACUAUGGGAGGAUCCUUGUCUCAUGGGGCGUUUCGGGAGUAGCUGGUUGUAUACUAAACGCUCUGCUCCUCUCCGUUCCGGGAGGAGAAGUUUGGUUGGGCAUUUUUAUUGGGUCGGUGAUGUUGUCCUUGGGGACUGCAUACUUUUUCGUGGGCACUUUUUCGCUGUGA